AUGUAUAUGGCAAAGACUGCAAAUGUCAAAUGUAGUGAUUUCUUGUUGGCUGCAAAUCCCUUGUUGAUGCAUAGUAGCUUCGAUUCUAUUUCAUCUUCUCUUGCCAUGUUUCGAGCAAUGAUCAUUGACGGCAACAUUGUUUUAUAUAUAACAGAUCAAGAAAUGAUCAUAUUUAUUAUAUCAAACAUACCUGGAUCGAGUCACCCUGGCGGCUUCUUUCCUACACAAAAACCUCACCUGCAUGAAGAUGCGAAGCCAACGAUACUUCACAGGGAUGUGAAGGCGGCGAACGUGCUGUUGGACGAGGAGCUCAGCCCUCUUGUGGCAGAUUUUGGGAUGGCUGAGUUCAAGAGGACGGACAAGAUGCACUACACCACAUGCACCGUGGGCACAAUGGGCUACAUGGCACCCGAGUAUGCGCUCUACGACUACCUUGGCGUCUUUGGCUUUGAUAUUGUUGUGCUGGAGCUCUUGAAGGGUCGUCGGGCUUUCGACUCAAGCAUUAAUCGCCUUGAGCACAUCCUCGUUUCUGACUGGGUGGUUGACAUGAGUCAGAAUGGGCGCUCUACGGAAAUAAUGGACGAGAGGAUUUGA